AUGCUGUUACGGCAGUUACCAUUUGCCAAUACAUGUCGGAACUUGUAUUUCAAUAUUAAGAACUACAAGUCUCCAAGGAAAAGACCGACAUUUAAAGCUACAAACCAUCCAUUCUGCACCAAUUCACAGUUGCUAGAUCAGUCAUACACUAGUUGGUUGAUGAAGACUUCUAAAACUAUACCGUCCAAGAUAUUCAGCCACAUUGCAGAGAAACAAGAAAGGGAAAGGCGAUAUAGGGAUGGUGAAGAAGAUAAAUAUAAUUGCACAAUCUCAAGUAGUUUGUACGUUAACCAAUCCAGUAAUAUCCAGAUACCUUCUGAAUUGACAGUUGAUGAUCACCAUUCUCAGAACAAAAGUACUAUUGGCAAGGAUAUUAUUAAAUUGAUGGAAGAACAUAAUAUAAAAACAAUAGCGGAAAGGCUACGCUUGUAUAAAGAAGAAGACAAAGUGGUUGAACCAGAAAUAAUAAAUCAGCUAUUUGAAAUGGCAAUUGAAAACGAGCCGAAGCGAGAGGUGCUACCAAAUGAAUGUGAAGUAGAAUUACCAAGAUAUCAGCGUAACACAGGACUAUAUUUGGAUACCUCAUAUUACCGGUUCAUAUAUGACAAAAUUCCGCAUCUAUAUGAUAUAUGCCAAUCAUACGAGAAGAUAAUGUUUAAUAAUAAAAAGUUUCAAGAGAACUAUAUCUGGCUAUGCUAUCACAUGGAUAAUGUCAAUACAUUACAACAAUUGGUUUAUGUUUAUCUAAAACAAUCAGACUAUGACUCCAAAGUGAUAAGUUAUAUUAUGAGUGGGUUUAUACUAAAUUAUGAAGUUGAAUUUUCCAAAACAUUACUUCAGAAUAUAAUAAGUCUAGGGAAACCUCUCGACGCAUCAGUUCUUGAUGUAGUAAUUCACCAAUUUAUUAAGGUUGAUUCGUUAUUUGAAAAUAUAGUCUCAGUGCUUGAAUCGUGGAUUAAAUCUAAGAAUUGUAUUCAGCCAACUCCUAAAACAAUGGCCACAAUUUUAGGUGAAUAUUACAAGUAUGGCACUGAGGAAGAAAUUGGUCUCAUAAAAAUUUUAAUCUCCUCUUUGGGAUACUCGAAUCAUACCUUGAUAAAGCAAAUCAAUUUGAGGUAUAAAAUAAUACAAAGAGACCCAAGCCACUUCAAAAAGGACGUAUUGAAAGAAGACAUAGUUCAAUUUAAUGAAAUUUCGAGAGAGUUGAAUGAUAAUAAGCAAGAAUUAAAGGAUUUCUACUAUUCUUUUAUGAUCAUGUUUAGUAAAUACUCAGAUUUGAAAAUGAUAAAAUUUGUGAUUUAUAAGAUGCAGCAAGAAGGCGUUGAGCUAGAUGAAAAGUUUUUCAGUGUAAUUUGUAAAUAUUAUGCUACACAUGAAAAGUUUUUACAAUUGUUCAACUUUUUGAAGGCUAUUUCAAAGAAUCUAGAAUUUAAUGAAACAUAUUUACGGGAUUUGUUUGAUGGUUUUGUCAAUACUUAUCCUCAUUAUGCAGACGAAUUUACUAACAAGUUUCAUCUGUGGAUUAAAGGAAGUACUUCCUUCAAAGAUUGUGAUAAGGAGCGUUAUUUGUCAGCUAUGAAAAUUGUCAAACUUGAAUCACAAUAUACUCCAUACGGUAUUCAUAAGAACACAUUAAAUUCUAAGAAAUAUGAAUCGUGUGAUUGGUCUAAGAUAUCAUGGACAAGGAACUUGAGAGGUAAAGCAGAUCCUGUUACAGGACAGGUCAAUUUUAGGGUUACAAAGGGGUUCAGAGAUAUUUUGCGAAAGGGCGUUAAACCUGAUUAUAACGUAGUAGAAAGCACAUUUAGACGACUGAAUGCAGAAAACAGGCGUAAAUUAUUUGAGUUAUUAGACACUAUAAGACUUCCAGCUACCAAACAGCAAAAGUUAUCUAUAAUAGAUCUCCAAGUCGACACAACUAAAUCGAGGCUUUUCAAAUACUAUACAAAUGGAAUUGGCCACUUGAAUUCAAAUAGCAGAAUUUUAUUGGGAAGAAUUUUCUUCAACAAUGGGAUGCAUUCACAAGCGAAUACCGUUUUAAAUGGCAUGAGAUUGGAGGAAAUGAACGACAGGUCUUAUAUGAUUAAACUUAACAUCCAAUUGCGUAACUAUAUGGCAUGCCAUCAGUAUGCAAAUAUAAUUGAUACUAUUCAACAGUUUCCCAUCGAUGAUAUCGUGUUAAGCCCGUAUAUUUAUAACCAAUGUUGCUAUAUCGAGAAAAAGUUGAUGCAGAAAUUAAAAAUUGAGGAACUAAAAGAACAACAAAAUGACUUACAACAUCGACAAAAGACUUACAGUUACGUUGCAACAAACGGAGAAUUGAUAGAAAAUGCUCCAAAACUUGGUAUGAAAUUACCCCCUCCACGGUAUACAAUUGCUCCCGCUUUAAAAACGUUGAGAGGACUUAUUGGUGAUAUAGACGCAAGACUUACCAAGGAUAGAACAGAUAUUAUGAACGAAAUUCAGCAAAUGUUCACAUUUUUAAAUAGGUGGAUAGCUGAUAGAGAUGAACGAAAGAUAUAG